CGCGCACUUCGCACGCGUCCGUUACUUUAUUCCAAUUUCAAAUGAUCAAUUGCGAUCGGACGUUACAUUUUUUACUUUAACGACAUUUUUUCGCGGCUACUAUAAACAUACAUUGUGUUACAAUUUAAUUAUAAAUCUAGUCUGUGACAUACUUUUUACAAGUUCUUUUGUUUUAGCAUGGUUUUAAUUUAAAAAAGAACAAUAUUUUGUGUUAAUUAAAAGUGAUGUUUUGUUAAAGUGAAAAUUUCUGUAAUAUGUCUCGAAUUUUGUACUUAUUGUUUAUUGUGUUGAUAGAAAUAAAAUUUGUGAGACUCUAUGAUGGACCUCAAAAUAUUACGAGUCCCUGCACGGACAGUAACCACAUCUUCCUAGCACCGGGCGUGAUAUCUCCCAAUGGAACAAGUAGAGCCUGUCUCUCGCGGUUCUAUACUGACGGUCCAGCACGGGUGACUAUUACUCUGUAUGAUGAUGACAAACAGAGCUCUCAAGCUACCAGGGAGUUACCUACAGGAGACGGAGGAUGCCUGGACAUCCGUGUACCGCAGUUGACCAGCACAAGGCCUAAGCUGGUCGUCGUUGUUAAGUACCCAAACCACCACUGUACAUGGGAGCAACACCUCUUCGUGCGUGUGUCAGGCGGGAGGGCAAUAGCCGUGCUGACUGAGCGCGCGCGCUACAGGCCUUUGGACACUGUGCGCGCGAGACUCAUUGUGCUAAAGCCUGAUCUCACUCCUGCUUAUCGCAUGAUUGAUGAAAUCUGGCUGGAAAGCCCACUUGGCACACGCGCGGCUACAUGGCAGCGCAUGCGCACCCGAAUGGGCGUGGGGCAGCUACAACACAAGCUAGAUGUCCACGCGCCUUCGGGGCGGUGGAUCAUCAGAGCAAGACUUGCUGAUGGAUCACAGGGUGGUUCAGCGUUCUGGGUCGGCAACUACGAGUUACCGCCUUUCCAACUGAGCGUCAAACAUCCACGUAAAGUACUCAGGACCAUCGACAGGCUUGUGUGGACUAUUUGUGUAAGAUACCCCUGGACAGAAGCCGUGGAAGGGAUGCUCGUGAUCCGCGUGCGCGGCGCGCCGGGUGCGUCGGCGCCGAACACGCGCUCCGCCGUGCGCCUGCGCCCGCCCAACGCCUGCCACCGCCACUCCGUGGCGGCGCGCCGCGUCGGCCUGGACUCUGCGCUGUCCCCUGACGUCGUUAUCGCAGACUUCUCUUUCCAGGAAGAAGGGACACGUGUUUGGCAGAACACAACAGUGGUGUCCCAAGUGGUAGACAAAAGUGUCACAUUGAAGUUUCUCACAAAAAACCGAGCUGUCAUGUAUCCAGGACUCCCUUACACACUCAAGAUAAAAGCAACCCUUUGGGAUGACAGAGCAGCAUCAAAUGAGAAACUGCGCGUAUGCCGCUCUCCAACCAGUCAUCCUAAUGAAGAAAUGCAGGAGCCGGUAAAUACAGACUGCAGUGAAGCAGUCACCGACAAAAGAGGGAUUGCAAAAGUCACUUUCACAGCAGACGAUGAUGGCAGCAGUUUUUAUCGAUUCCUGGCUGCCGGUCAAAACGAUUCAACAUCAGUGACUCCUCCACUAUUCCUGCCAGUCGAACGAUCAGGCUUCAUACAUGCCACUUUGGGAUCCUGGGAACCAGGCCCCCAUGCCGCCAACACCUCCGUCCCACUUUACUUGAACGUGAAGAAUAUACACAAACCUCUCACAGUGCAUUAUGUGAUCAUCACAAGAGGAGGAAUCAUCAACAAAUGGGUAACAACAACGCAAUGUCCAAUCACCAAUUCAGCUGUUCAAAUACAAAGUACACCAAGAGACGCUUUUUGCCCUUCCAAUGUCAUUGAUAUAAAUGGACCAAAUACAAACAACAAAGGUGUUAACUUUAUGAAAUUCAAUUCUAAUGAUAAGAAACUUGAUAAUCAUGACAAGGUUGAUGGAAAUGGUGAUCUAUCAGAUUUGAACGCGUCAGAUUUACCAAGAGUGAUGUUGCCGAUCAAAGUGACGCCACAACUGUGCCCUGAUAGCCAUUUGAUAGCAUACUUCUAUUACAACGGAGAGUUAGUCAGUGCCAGCAAACAUUUUGAAAUGGAAGAGUGCUUUGUUAAUAAGGUGGAACUCACGUGGCAACCAAAGCAAACCUCGCCUGGGGCCAAUACCUUGCUACAGAUCUCCACUCCAGGGCCAGCGCUUUGUGCUCUCACUGCUUUAGAUGUAGCUGCUAAAUGGAUGCAUCCGAUGGGAAACGUAAAAGACGUAAUACUUGGCGGGCUGAAAAAGUUAAUUAAUUCACACAGAAACCUGACAACCUACGAUGCAGCGGGAGAAUGCUUCUUCACUUCAUCUAACAUAGACAGCCCUACGGAGAGUGUGGAUCUAAUAUCCUACUGGUUAGGAGAGGCUGGAAUCAGGAUCAUGGGUGGACCCAUGAGGAAGACCAAACCCUGCAUGCCCCAGCCAGCACUGUUGAUCGCUGAUGAAAUCACCGUGCCUAGAAGUGACUUUUCUGAGUCCUGGCUGUGGCGCUUAAUACCGAUAAAAGUCAACACAAGCACGACGACGGCACGGGUACCGGAUUCCAUCACCAAAUACGAAGCGUCAGCUGUUUGUCUCUCAAGUACUGGACUUGCAGUGUCGCCGCCUGCGGUUUUGCAAGUAUUCCGCGAAUUCUUCAUUCACGUAAACGGCCCUCAACGCUUGCAACGCGGCGACGCCUCCUUCAUUCAGUAUCGAAUAUUCAACUACCUCUAUAAACCCCUUAGUGUUCAAAUUCAAAUCCUAAAGGACCCUCAUAUAGAAGGUCCUCAAGACUACGUGGAAGCGGCGUGCAUAAACAAGCGCGCGUCGAUCGCUCGUCGCGUGGAAAUUCGAGCGCAUUUGGUGGGAAACGCGCGUAUUAGCAUAAGGGCAAAAUCUGUUAUCGACGGGGGCUGUGCUAAUGCGACUACUAGUAAUAAUGGUGUCAGCGAUGAAGUGAUAAUAAAAAUGACUGUGGAUCCAGAAGGCAUACCUGUAAGGGAUCACAAAUCCAUAUUGCUCUGUGCCCGAGGUAGUCCAGAUGGAAGCAAGUCAGAUGUAUCGUGGAGCUGGCCUCAAGUCCAGGCCGUGCCGGGCACUGAGUCGCUGAUGAUCUGGACUAUCGGAGACAUCGCAGGGCCUUUGCUUGCUGUAAGUCUAAUAACCACAGACAUAUUAUAUCUAAAUAGACACCGCAAGUACCGCGAUCUGUAUGAAAACCUACCUCCGAUAUCGUCGCAAGCGCUAUUUAGUUUCACCCGACAACUUCACUACGCACACCCCGGAGGUGGCUUCAGCGCUUUUGGCGGCACAAACAGAACGCCUUCCACGUGGUUGACUGCCUUCUCUGUUCGAUACCUUCGGAAAGCACACCAGGUCCUGACCCCAGGUCUACCAGCACCCCCAGCUCUGGACCGAGCAGAGAAAUGGCUUCUAAAUCAGCAAAUGGAAAAUGGAUGCUUCAGGAAUGAGGGUCAAGUCUUUCACAGAGAAUUAAAGGGAGGUCUCAGCGAGGAUGGUGAUAUAGCCAACGUGGCUCUAACAGCAUACGUCAUCACCUCGCUUCUAGACACGUCAAUAUUACCAGCGCGCCUCCUUCGGAACGCGUUGACCUGUCUUCGAGCUCUGCCGUUGAAGUCGAAGGCACCUAACAAAAUCUACGCGUUGAGUUUACUGGUUUAUGCUUUUGUCAAGUUGAGAAAGUACGAAGAAGAAAUAAGAAGAGCAAAUGAUGCAAGCUUGCAAGAUACUAUAGGUGGUCUCCAGCAAGACGAGGAAAUCAGAGAGCUGGUGGACCUGCUACAAUUGGCCAAGCGGAAAGGUGACCUGGUGUGGUGGGAAACUGGCAGUCUGACAACGUCGAUAGAAGCCACUAGCUACGCGCUGCUGGCCCUGGCCGGCUGCCCUGCGGCACUCCGCUCGAGCUGCGCGCGCGACGCCCGCGCGGCCGUGCGCUGGCUCUCCGCGCACAGGAGCCCCGCGGGCGGGUUCGUGGCCACGCAGGAUACCUUAGUAGCUUUGGAGGCCUUAACAACCUGGUCAUCUGUACACCCAAGUACGCCGACCAACCUCAACGUAACCAUACACGGUAGUGCUCUGAAGACGGUAUAUCUCAAGGCUGAAGAUACCGUUCCGGGUGUUGUCUACAUGAACGGAAAUAAGGUGUCUGUUUAUGUGGAAGGCACUGGCUGCGCACUUGUCCAAGCCACACGUUCCUACAAUGCGUACGACGUAGAACAUUCUUCGAACAAACUGCUUUCUGUGCAAGUGACAGUGCAUACAGAUGGUGUUUAUAACUGCGAUGCGAACAAAACUGGAUGCUUUUGUGCAGCUGUUGUUGAGGCAUGUGUAAAUUGGAUCGGCGAAUUCCCAGAGAUGGCGCUACUAGAAAUUUCACUUCCAGGCGGCUUCGGCGCAGACGCAGCCGUUCUGUACGCUCAGCUACAAAACCCUAAUACCCUCGUCCGUCGCAUAGAACUGUCAUCGAACAGUGGCCGAGCAACUCUCUACCUUGGCUCUCGCGAUGGCAGCUCCAUGCUCAACCCCGGCGGACAUCAAUGUUUUAAUCUACACGCUGUUGGACCCGCAGCUAAAACUAAACCAAGUUACGUUCGAGUUAUGGAUUAUUAUAAUCCUGAUGUCAACGAUACGCAGAUUUAUACAAUCGCGGAGGAAUGUCCACCGCGUAUAUUACAACAAUCCAAUACAUACCUGUCUUCAGACAAUUUAUUUCACAAAGCCAAAUCGUUAGGCGAUAACGAUGAAAUCUUCAUUACAAAUGAGUUUCCUUUUGGUAAUAUUCCCGAAGGAAUACCCCUUGACGACCCUUUGUAUGAUAAUCUUCAGAAAACCAAUAACCUUGCAAAUUUUACUAUAAAUACUGAUGAGGUACAUAGAAAUUAUGACGAUAUGGAGGAGAAAGGUGACUAUUUGGUAAAGGAGGCUGCUAAUGAAUUGGAAAUAAGUGGAAUGAGACCAACAAAUGAGAAAAUUACACUUAAUAAUGAAGAACAAGUCAUCGGAAUUAUGGCUGAACAAGCAAAUCUAGAACCCUUUAAAGAGAGAAUUUACGUAGACCAAGUAAGCAAAGUAUACCCGUUUGAAGAAGUUAAUGUAAUGAAUGCAAGUCAAGAUGACCAAAAAGAAAAUAUUGAUCUGCAAAAUUCCAAUCAAGAAUACCAAAAAAAGCAAGAAAUACAUUCUUCGCCUUAUUUUACAUUGAAAAAAAAUAAAAAUGAAGAGCAGAAUAAAGAAUAUGAUAAUGAAGAUUCAAUUAACCGAGCGAAUGUCAAAAAAGUAGAUUUUAACGAUUAUAUUAUAUCUGACAAACUAGACUUUGAAAGCAAUGAGUUUAAUAAAAAUUUAAGACAAAAUAGACAAUACACAACAGAAAUUAAACAAAAAAUACCAAAUACACAAACAAAUAAGGUAUCAGAAAAUGAAAUUACAAACAUAUAUCGAGUUCCAUCCAAAUUACAAAUCGGGCACGAAAAAUAUUUACACUCACAAGAAAGUGGAUUAAAUCCAGAAUAUUCUAUACCAAAAAAACCAGAACUAAGUCAAGCAACUUUAGAUAAUCCAGUAAUAUCACAUGAAAAUCAACAAUUCGCCGACGACGCUAACCAAGGAGCCAAAGAUAUUGAGAAUACAAAUUUAUCGAAUUUCCACAUUAUAGAUUCAGAGAAAGACCUAGAUGUACCGGACGGCCUGGAAGGGCCCGUGCCCGCUGUAGCCUUACCUCCUCCUUUCAAUGGUAGGGGUUAUGUAGCAGUACCUUUUAAUGCGCCACCGUUCGAACUUCCAUGGAACUGGCGUGUGCCUUCAAUCAACUCACGAUCCGUCCGUCAAAGUCGUCUGGUCUUCUCCCAGAAUCAAAACAACCGCAGAUAUCUACUUAUGUCAGCGUUUCCCAUUUGGUGGGUCGCGACCUGGUACCGGGCCAUCGAAAUAAAAUACCAGGUCGCAUAUUCCCGCCUUGUUUAAGUGGACCCCGACGACAGAAUAAAAUUUUCGUCAUUUUCCGCGAACUUGCAUUCUUUGUUAAAAAAUAAGCAGCAGCUCUACACGUAUCGUCUCGAAUACCGAAAUUAGUCAAACAUUUUUACUAACAAUAAAUGUGUACUAUUUUACUUAAUAUAACCAGCUUGGGUUUAAAAGUAUUGAGUGGGUCCGUGAAAAUUACCGGGCCAUCGCAGAACAAUGUUUGGGAAACGAAAAAAAAAAAGACUUAUGUAAUUUUAACAUUAUGCACCGAUUCUGCAUUAAGGUAUUAUACAGUCCAAAUAGUAGUUCUCCGAUUUCCUAGUUGUAAAGAGCUGAUAAGAAUGAAACCCAUAACUUUAGAUUGUAACAGAACAUAGAACACGGAGCACUACUAUGAUUUAUUGAAAAUUGGGCGAGUUAGAUACCAACAAAUUUUAUGUUAACAACGGAACUAGGAUUUUAUGGUGGUAGCUUUAAGUAGGGCCAUACGCUUCGUAAGUAGUUUUCCCUAAAACAAAUAGUUAGGUACGACGCUUUCCCAUUAUGUCGUGGCGAAAGAUAGUCGUGUAGUUUAAAGUAUCAUCAGCUUGUAUAUUUAAAUGAAGUUUUUCACACAUAGAACAACGCGAUUAACUGUCGUUCACAAUUUUUUUGACUGUCG